GAGGGUAGUACCAAUUCCCGAUCAUCUCAAUCUAUUCAAACUCGACUACCAAAGAGGUUCGAUUCCAGUCUGAAAUCUCUUAUCACCAAGUUUAACAAUGAACGUGCCAGCCUCAUGCGCCAUGUCAAGGAAUUAGGAGGUGUCGACUAUGAUGACCUGAUGUCGCUUGCUCGAACGAUUUCUUUCCGUUUGACUGAAGCGGUGAAUCAUAUAAUUCAACCCAAGAAAAGCACAAUUUCGACAGAAGACGGCCUCGUUCAAACUACUCGCGAAAUUUCUCUUAUGGCUGCGCAGCUAAAUGGCUAUUGCGAAAAUAUAGCUCGCAAUUUUUCUGAUCUUAAGAUAAAACAAAAUUUAUUUGCCUCCUUGAAGAAUAUCAACCUGUUCUCCCAUGAAUUGGCUGUGAUGAGUCGAGUGAAUGCGGAUAUGAAGGACACGAAUAGUGAAAUUGGUCUGGAUAAUGCGGAAUCCCUCAUUCAAUCGGCACGAAACUUGUUGCAAGCCAUUAAACACGCUUUUGGUGAUAUUCGAGUCAUCGUCGAACACAAACGGCUUCGAAGUGUACCCGGCACUCUGCCUCCAGUACCUCCAAAACCCCGCAGUCGUCGAACAAGCACCAUCAACAGUGCCUCACCUUUGCCCUCCUAUGGUGUGAAAAUCGAGCGAACUUUCGACUUAUCUUACUAA